CGUUUCGAGAACGCGUAUUAACUGCCGCCUGGGCCACCCGUAGGUAGCAGGGCGGCUGCGCAAUGAGGCGCACGACUGCUCGGCUGCUGACGGGAGCGGUUGGUUCGAUGGCGUGGGUCGGGCGCGCGCUGCUGGCCAUUAUUCUGAUUUGCGCGGCCGACUCGAGCGGUGCGGUGGAGCGCUCGCGCACCGGGGAGUUCGAUGUCAGGCCCGGGGGCCUGGUGCAUUCGCACAGCGAGACACUGGGUGAACAUGUAUGUACAUUCACAUAUGCAUCUCAAGGAGGAACCAAUGAGCGAUGGCACAUGAGUGUAGGCAUCAGUGAGGACAACAAGCUAUUCUCUUGCUCUGUCUGGCGACCUCAGGGGAAAUCCUACCUGUUCUUUACCCAGUUUAAAGCUGAAGUCACCAAUGCUAAAAUUGAAUUUGCAAAUGGUUUUUCUCAAGCAGCAGUAGAUGGCCACAGUGACGUUCCCCUGAAAGAAGAUGAAUAUAUAAUUAGCGAGAAUACUGUGACCCACAAGGUUGGAUCAUUCAGAUCAGAGCUGUCCAAGCUUCUAAUCGUUGCCCGCACACGCCAUGAUGAACUGUGAUUUGGAUGACUUGUUUUUGUAAUGAUUGAAAAAUGUUGAAAUAUUUUAGAAAAAUUUUAUUCUUGGCUGCAUAGGUCAGCUAAUGGGAGCAUUUUAAACCCACCCCCAACCCAACUCCUCCCCAAUGUCCUUCCUUUUUCAGCUUCCUUUUUUAAAUGAAGCAGCAGGACAAUCACCACUUUAAAGGAAUCUCAUUUGGCAUCAUGGGUGAACUUUUGGGUAGGACAGACAUUCUUGCUCUUUUUUCACAUAAAGAUUAAGCUGGAGAUCCUGGUUAACAAGGUGCCUCACUUAGCUGCCUAACUGGGAACAGCCAUUAAAGCAUCCUUGGAGGUCAGAAAACUUCUAGUACUUUACAGGUGUUGACCUACCCAAGUAAUCCAUACUGUUAAAAUUACCAAUGGUACCUCACUUAAAUCUGAUUUAAAUAUCAGAUUUGUAAAUCGUGCAUUUAAAAAUUAUGUCCUCCUUUCCGAUACUGAGACUUUUGUUUGCAUUAGUCGCAGUUUAUUCGAUCAGUUAGCAUACACUGGGAGCUUUUUGACUGUGAUAGCAGAACUACAUUUUUUUUUUUGAAACACCAAAAAUAUGAACCUUGUAUCUGUAAUUAUCAGAAUGAACCUUGACCUGUUUAAGAUGUCAUUACUAAAAUAAUUUUUGUAUGCAAAGGUUUUUCAGCAAAUUGUUUAAUAAACAUGGGUGUUAAUUUAUAGAGCUUAUCUAUGUAGUGCUUUAGAUAGUGAGGUGCAAACAAAUUUUUAUGUACUAUUGGAUUUCCUCCAUAAUAGAGAUUGUUUAGGGACCACAUAUGCCUUUAUGUCCUGCGAUUAAUUGCAAGUACUGUGAUACAAACCUGAUGUACCAUCUAAGUUAACCUUGUUUUUUGUUCUACUUUACACAUGAUCCAUUGUUUUUCUUUUAUAUCCCAGAGCUCUGUUACAAAGGGAAAUAAAUUCUGAUGUCAGCUCA